GAUUAAAAAUGAUUAUAUUUUUUUUAAAUACGUUCUGAAGUUUCACAUUCCGGUUCCUCAAAAGAAAGACUCUGGUUGAAAAGUUUUGCUUUUGAAAAAUGAGCAACAUUUUGCUGUAAAUACAUCCGCAAAAAGCAAACCCCGCCUCUGCUGGGCGAGAGGUGAAAACAGUGGUUGCUCCAGGGGGACUUGUCACAUGAUGGGAAUCAUAUGAUAUAUUCGGUGCAACGACGGGCUUUUUUAACAUGUGCUGUCAGCGCGUCCACAGAAUAAUUAAAAAAAAGAAGUGUGUCAAGUAUUCAGUAUCCCGACCCAGAGCGGGAGAGAGGGCUUGUAAUUCACUCGUUGAAACUGACACCGGACAACGGGGCAGCAGCAGCUUUAAACAAGUAACAUUAUGAAACUGCCCGAGCAAAGAUGUUACUUGCUUCCUAUCGUCAUCUCAGCAGUCGGUCUGACACUUGGCCAGAUGAGCACAGGGACAGUUACUCCUUCACUUCCACUUGGUCCAUCUCUGACCACCUUGGCUCAGAUAGAUAACCGUAGCAUCAACGCCUCAGCGGGAAGUGGUACUACAACCAGUCCUCCUGUGACAACUGUUCUAUUGCCUUCAAACUGCACGGGCUUCAACACCUCAUCCUGUAGCCUCUGUUUGCCAGGGCACUUUACCAAUAAUGCAUCCUUGAAUUGUUCUUGCUGUGCUGAUGGCUCCUGCUUUGCUCUGGAGGAUUGUCUGAUGUGCCCCCAGGGUUACUACCAGUCCCUGACUGGACACAUGACAUGCGUGCCUUGUUCAAAAGGUACCUACACAAAUUCCACAGGGAGCACGGAAUGUCACUCCUGCAACUCUGGGCUUUAUGCCAAUGAAACCGGUUCAAUAGCGUGCCAGGACUGUCUACCAGGUUACUUCUCGAAUGUGAAUGCAAGUAUCUGUGCGUCUUGUGCCCAAGGAUUGUUUUGUAACACAACACGAUGCAGUGAGUGUACCAUCUGCCCUGGAGGGGAGGAAGCUCUGUCCACAGCUGCUACAGAGUGCACCAGCUGCCAGUCAGGAAUGUGCAAACCACCAAAGGAUGUUCUCUGCAGAAUGUGUCAGAAUGGAUAUUACCAGAUAGAGCCGGGACAGGAGAGCUGUAACCUGUGUCCUGAGCAGCAUUACUGCCCCAGUCCUGAUGUGAUUCCAGUCCGUUGUCCAAGUGAUGCGUUCUGUCCGCCUGGCAGCACUGCCCCUCGGUACUGCAUGGAAACGUUCUUCCUCAAAUCUGGAGACCACUGUGUGCUCACCCCACUGACUAUAUUCCUGCUUGUCAUCAUUGCCAUCCUCAUUUUGCUGCUGAUCAUCAUCUUCAUCAUACGCCGUAAAAAGGAGAACAUGCCAAGGGACCCGGUCCGAUCUCCGCUACUGAGCAAAGAACAAACCCCCGGCCAAGAGACUCGCAUGUCUUAUGGGAUCUCCUGGGACUCGGAACCAUUGUACGCAGGGUGGUAACUGUGGCUUCCUCGUUCCACACCAGGGAUCUGGGAGUCUGGCUCACAACAAGAGUAUUUUGCACAAUUAUAAACAA